ACUUAUGUACAUAACCCAGCUGAGAAAAGGCGGGAAAGUUGAGUAUCAUAAACAAAUUGCUUUCUUGUGAGGUUGUUGGCGAGCUAGCCAGCUACACUUAAACUCAAAACUAAGCUAGUAUACACAUAACUUUCACCAACAUAAUGGAUGCUAAUGUUGAUCAGAAUCUCCGUGAUAUACAAAGACAGUAUUUAGAAUUCUUGGACGAUGAUGCGGAUCAAGGGUUUUAUCAUGCAAAAGUUCGAGAUAUGAUUGAAAGAAAUGAUUACCGUUUGGUUGUAAAUAUAAAUGACCUGCGCAGUAAGAAUGAAGAAAGAGCAGUAAGUGUGUUAAAUGAAGCGUUUGAAGAGUUGAUUGGUUUUCAAAACGCCCUCAAAGAGUUUGUUGGCUCCGCUGAUACCACGUAUGCCAAGAAACAUGAAGAAUUUUAUAUUGGAUUUGAAGGGAGCUUUGGAUCAAAACAUGUCUCACCCAGGACGUUAAAUGCCCGCAAUCUUGGAAAUCUUGUUUGUUGUGAAGGAAUAGUAACAAAAUGUUCACUUGUCAGUCCAAAAGUUGUCCGAAGCGUUCAUUACUGUCCCAAAACAAAGAAAACUACAGACAGGCGCUACACUGAUUUGACGUCUUUAAAUGCUUUCCCAAGCUCAACUGUUUAUCCUACUAAAGAUGAAGAUGGUAAUCCAUUGGAAACUGAGUAUGGUUUAUCUGUGUACAAAGAUCACCAAACAUUUACCAUCCAGGAAAUGCCUGAAAAAGCUCCUGCUGGUCAACUUCCAAGAUCUGUCGAUAUAGUUGUUGAUAAUGAUUUGGUGGAUAAAUGCAAACCUGGAGAUCGUAUUCAGGUGAUUGGUAUAUACCGAUGUCUUCCUUCAAAACGUCAAGGGUUUACACCUGGCACAUUCAGAACAAUCCUCAUCGCUAACAAUGUAAAAGUAAUGAGCAAAGAAGUCCAACCAAACUUUUCACCUGAAGAUUUGACUAAAAUUAAAAAAUUUUCACGAAGUAAACAGGAUACCUUCGAGUUACUUGCCAAAUCAUUAGCACCUUCUAUACAUGGGCACAUGUAUAUUAAAAAAGCAAUUUUAUGCCUUUUAUUGGGUGGCUGUGAGAAAGUGCUGGAUAAUGGAACAAGAUUAAGAGGAGAUAUCAAUAUAUUGAUGGUUGGAGAUCCAUCUACUGCAAAGUCACAACUACUGAGAUACGUAUUGCAUACAGCUCCCAGGGCUAUACCCACCACAGGACGUGGCUCAUCAGGAGUAGGUCUGACAGCUGCUGUAACAACAGACCAAGAAACUGGUGAACGCCGCCUCGAAGCUGGCGCUAUGGUCCUUGCUGAUCGGGGUGUUGUUUGCAUUGAUGAAUUUGACAAAAUGUCAGAUAUGGAUAGAACAGCAAUUCACGAAGUUAUGGAACAAGGUCGAGUUACUAUUGCUAAGGCUGGCAUUCAUGCAAAGUUAAAUGCACGUUGCAGUGUGCUUGCAGCAGCUAAUCCAGUGUAUGGACGAUAUGAUCCCUACAAAACACCCAUGGAUAACAUUGGAAUGCAAGACUCUUUGUUGUCACGUUUUGAUUUGCUUUUUAUUGUGCUCGACAAGAUGGAUCCAGAUAGUGAUAAAAAGAUCAGUGAACAUGUACUAAGAAUGCACCGAUACAGAAAUCCCGGUGAACAAGAUGGCGAUCCUCUGCCAUUUGGCGAUACAAACGAGGUACUAGCAACCUACAAUGUAGAAGAAGAUGAGCCACAAGAAGGCACGCAUGUUUACGCUAAAAAAGACACGCAACUUUACGGAGAGAAGAGCAAACACGAAAGAUUUGUUUCCAUGCCGUUUAUGAAGAAAUACAUCCAUGUGGCGAAAAAUAUCAAGCCAACUUUAAGCCAAAAAGCGGCCGACUUAAUCGCCAGUGCCUACGCAGAGUUGCGAGAUCAAGAGAAUGUUUCUUCUGAGAAAGCCAAGACGGCACCGGUUACUGCUCGAACACUAGAAACUAUGAUUCGUUUGUCAACAGCGCAUGCUAAAGCUAGGAUGAGUAAAACUAUUGAGGAGGUCGAUGCUGAGUGUGCGCUUGAGAUGGUAGAAUUUGCGUAUUUCCACAAGGUAGAAAAAAGGAUUAAGAAAAAGAAGAACACUGACGAAUCCGAAGAAGAAGAAGAUGAAGAAGACGAGGAGGAGCAAGAGGAGGAGGUGAAGCAAAAGAAACGUCAAAAGAGAGCGAAAAAAAGUGACGACAAAUCAAUGAAGAAACGCAAAUUACUACCUGGUGAUGAAGGCUAUGAUCCGUAUGAUUUCGAUCAAGAUGGUGACGGUGGCGAAGCUGUUGACACAUCAAGAAAGCGUGCUAAGAAAUCUAAAACCGACGAAUCCAUGGAAACCGAAGAAGCGGUCAAAUUGUCUGAUGAAAGGUUCCAAAUAUUUCGCUCCUCGUUAAAUUCACUGUUCAGUGACGAGCAUGCGCAGACGUUACCGUUAACACGUGUUGUCGAACGUGUUGAAAGAGACUACCCAGAUGCCAAUAUUACACAAGCAGAAAUCGACGCAGCAUUGGCGCGUAUGACGGAGGACAACCAUAUAAUGGUCUCCGACGGACAGGUGUUCUUGGUGUGAUGUCGUCUGUUUUUGAUGAAAUCUCUAUCCAAUACUGUAUUUUACAGACUAGAAUGGAAGCACUAGUGCUAUAGCAAAAUAAACUCACAUCAGUGACGAGAUAGUAUGGAGCAAAAUGUGUAUCCGAGGAAAAAAGACCGAGUGAAAAGAAUAAUCGAAAGUGUAAAAAAUUGAUAAUUUAUGGUGUACAUUGAAUAUAAAAAAAUAGUUCUACUUCGCA